AUGCAAUCAGGUAAGCCUCGAGACAAGCCUGCCCCUGACAAAAAGGAAGGGAAGAAAAAAGAUAAAAAAAAGGGUAAAGAUAAAUCAGCCACUCUUGAAGAAGCUGGUGCUUCUCCUGAUGUGGUGGAUGAAGAAAUUAUGACAAACACAGAGGAGACGAAUGAAUCUAAAGAUGAUGAAGAUAAUAAAGAUCAAUUACCUGUCAUAGAUGAAUCAGAAGAACCUAAUUCCAACCAAUCUAAAAUGACGACUCGUUCACAUAAUGUUAGCCCCAAAAUGACAACUCGUUCACAUCAUGUUAGCCCCAAAAUGACAACUCGUUCACAUAAUGUUAGCCCCAAAAUGACAACUUGUUCACAUCAUGUUAGCCCCAAAAUGACAACUCGUUCACAUAAUGUUAGCCCCAAACCAAAACUUAAAGACCAGCAGGUCAAGAAAAAGUAUCCUACAAAGAAAAUGUCCAAAAUAUCUACAUCAAGUUCCUCACAAUCUGAGUCUAGCUCAAGCAGUUCAGACGACUCAACAACACAAAGGAAAGACUACUCCGAGAACAAAUCUUCUCCCGAUUCAACAAAACACAAACAAGCUGUAGAGAGGGAAAAAAAGGCAGGCACUAUAGACAAAAGUCCUAAAAAAAGUCCAGAGACUCAAGUUUCCUAUAAAAACAUUAAAAACAAAAAAAGAAAAGUUUCAACCAUGUCUGGAUCUUUAAGCAGCUCAGAGAUGAAGCAUGAAGAAGUUGUUCAUCAUUCGAAAAGGUCAAAGACUGACGUUUCAACUACAAGACACGAAACAAAAAAGUCUUCCCAUCGUGAGCCACAUAAAAGCGUGACCAAAGAUAAAUACAAAUCCCAAACUAAAAUGCCCGAUCCACUUCAUGAAGAAACCAAACGUAAGCCAAACAUUGCUGUGGAAGAAAAUAAAUCUAAAAAAAUAAAUUCACAUAAUCUCAAAAAUGCUGACAAACAUACCCAUGAGCCUGUGGGGGACGUGGAAGAAAGUUUUCCAGGCGCCUAUGCUAAUAAAAUGGACACCUCGCACCCCCGUGAGUCUUCCUCUGAGUACUGGAUGCCAGGAGAUUACUUCCGUGUCAGAAAAAUUGUUUCAGACCUUGAUACCUCUCAGCGUUCACCUCACAAAAUAGGGGCCAAAUUCAAUGUUUUAAAGAGCCCGUCAGCGUAUAAUAGAAAAAAUGCUAUCUUAUUAUCUCCCAUACCUUCAGUGAUUCCCGGAGCGCAGACCCCUCAGAAUUGUUGGAUGAUUGUCGGACACAAGUCUGAAAAAUCCAGCUCUCAGGGGCAGCCUGGAAGGUCACUCAAACAUGCACCAGGUCACUCUGAAAGGUCACUGACAGUUCAGCAAGCAAAAGGUGAAGCAGAACAGACUGAAAAUGAUCAGCAGACAGAGUGUAAUCUAAUGAAAUCACCUGAGGAUCAUUCAGUGGGUGGAACACAUAUUGAAGAACUGGGAAGCCAAAAUGUGGAGGAUAAAAUAAAAACAAAAACCUCUUCCAAAUCAACAAGGCUGUCCACCCUCGUGUCACAAAAACUGAAUCAAAUUGAGAAAGAAAUACAAACUGUGCUGCGGAAUGAGAGUCAGCUGUCAGACAAGCUUGAGACAUCCUUGCAGCUGAUUAACAUGGAGGCUGAAGGUGUCUCAAGCUCCCCCAGCCAACCAACAGAUGAGGCACAACAAGACACUCCGCUGGAUGCCGACAGCUCACAACUAGACCAAGAUGAUAUCAUAGAAGGCAAUGAACAGAGGGGGGAGAGAAAACAAGCACCGGCGCCAGAGAAAUCUGAAGUGGAAACUGUCAAAACGGAUGAGGAUUUGGUUCCAGAAAUGCAGAAAAAAGAACCGGCUGAUACGGCUUAUGAAGAGAAGAAGAAGGCGGUGUUAAAACUGCUGCAGUAUGUUGCUCCUAGUCCAGUAGAGGAGAGGCAGUCAGGGUCAGACUCCACCCACCUGCCUAGCCAGUCAAUGAAAACAUCCACCAGUACCAAGGUCUCUUCCAGUCAGCCUGAGAGAACCAACUCCACACCAGCCGGCGUCCAUUCUGUCGCUGCACAAACCAAUGCUGACAACACCACGUUUGGAGCCUUGGACCGUCUCUGGGAGUCUGAGAAAAAUAAAAUGUUGUGUCCAAUGUCUCGAGACACUUCCACCUGGAGCACUGGCCAGCCGGAGAUGGUCCAAGCUCAAAGUGAGGCUGACACACUUUCCUCCCAUUCAAGUAGUCAGGCAAGAGGGAUAAAUUCACUUGAUGAACGGGAUACUGACAAAAUGAUUUUUACUUCUAAAGACAAGAGUUCAGCAAAACCUAAAAGAGACAGCUCUGUAGAAAAGACUGGUAAAGACAUGACUGAAAUAAAAUCUGCCAGAGUUGAGAGUACACAGGGAGUGAAAGUCAGUGAAACUGGAACUCUGGGUACCUCACGUCUACAACAUGAAGGCACCAGCUCAACUCUGGCCGAUGAGGAUGGGAAACUCAAACAGCGCAGGCAAGACACAGCCUCGUCACAGCAUCCCUUACAGACUGAGCAGAGUACACUGGUGAAGGAUGCAACCGACCUGGUGAAACAGUCUCUGACUGAGAUCUUUGACAAGCAGUUGAAGAGAUUCCUUGACACCACCACGUUAGAUCCUAGCAGGAUUCAGAUCAACUGGAGCCUGGCUGGGGAGAAAAAAGCUCUGCCACCUACGGCUGCACAGGGUCAGAGGUUACCUAGCAAACUAGUGACAUGUCCUCAACAUUCACUCUCAAGAACUGUUGCCUCUAAAGGCCUUAAACCAGCCACGAAGGCCCACAUCCAAAUUAGGAGUUCUCAUCCUGCAGUACAGAGUCAUUUAGUAUCAAAAGCAAUUCAGUGCCAUGUCUCUCAUUCAGUUACGCCUGCCGUAAUUGGAACCCAAAAAACUGAAACAGACACUAAUAAAAUUGAUUCAACAAGACCUCCAAAACCUGACAAUGACAUUAAAAGACCUCCAAAAACUGACACUGACAUCAAAAGACUUCCAAAAACUGAUACAGACACCAAAAGACUUACAAAACUUGACACUGUGUUUAAAAGACUCCCAAAAUCUGACACUGACAUCAAAAGACUUCCAAAACCAGAGACUGACUUCAAAAAACCUCCACAAUCUGAGACUGACUUCAAAAGUCUUCUAAAAUCUGACACUGACACCAAAAGACAUCCAAAACCUGACACUGACACCAAAAGACCUCCAAAACCUGACAAUGACACCAAAAGACUUCCAAAACUUGACACUGACAUUAAAAGACCUCCAAAACCUGACAAUGACACCAAAAGACCUCCAAAACCUGACAAUGACACCAAAAGACCUCCAAAACCUGACAAUGACACCAAAAGACUUCCAAAACUUGACACUGACAUUAAAAUACCUCCAAAACCUGACAAUGACACCAAAAGACUUCCAAAACUUGACAUUGUGUUUAAAAGACUCCCAAAAUCUGACACUGACAUCAAAAGACUUCCAGACACUAAACACUCAGAUACCAAACUACCUGUAAACAAAGAUUAUAUUCAAUGUAAAGUUCGGAUCAUCAACUUAAGCCAUCAAACUUCAGCUAAGGCUUCACCUGACCAACAAGCUGUUGACGAUUCCUUCCAAACAGCAAAAGAAGACAUAUCAACUCCAGAUUCUAAAUCUUCUUGGAUGUCUGCCCAAGGUGAAGAAAGAGUUGCAAAGCAUUCACCUCAGUCAAUCACCAGCUCUUUCCAUAGCCUUAAGACUGAAACUCUUUCCUUAUGGGCGAGUGAAAUUGAGAGUCAGAACUAUUUUGAUGCUGUGUCAGAAAAGAAGAUUAUGGAAUCCCACCAGUCCCCAGAUCCUCACUCAAAAGAGGUGCAUGACGAGGACUUCGAAAGUUUUAAAUCUGCUCACUUAGAUCUUCUUGAAGAUGAAAUGAAAACCCCCUACACUAAUUACCAGGCAAGCACAGAAGUUAGCUUUCAAGAUGUUGAAGACCAUAAAGAAGUAAAACACUUGACAAUUUGUGCUCAAGGCGACAGCAACGUGGAGCGUGGUACAAAAACUGUGGAAGCUGGUAGACAUAGUGUAAGUAUAGCUGAUGAAAAAAUCUCAGAGUUACCAACAGAUUAUAUGUCUGUCAUUGAAAAACCUCAGCUAGAAGAACUAACAGCUUUUAAAUCCUUGGCUGAACCAAACAAACAAGAGCCUGUGGAUACUAGGGGUCAGUACCAUUCAAAGAUGAGGAAAAGAGACAAAACUAUUCCCAGGAUUGUCCAGAACAAGAGUCAAGAAUUAGAGGAAGACACUUUUUAUGAGAUCUCCAGUUUUGAAAGUUGUUUGGCCGCAACAGAAAAAAGUCUAACAGGUGACAGAGGUAAAACAACAGAGCAAUGUCAUCAGGCAGCAGCUGAUAAACAUUGUAACAAGAGUUCAAAUAAAGCCUGCCAGGAAUUGGGGGCUUCAAUAUCCACCAUGUACAGAGACUGUGACAAGGACUCGGAUGCCAACAUGUGGCUCAGCACAAGCUUUUACAAUAGAACACAGUCAGAGGAUGGCUUUGACUCGAAAAUGUUUUCAUCUGACCUAUCUUCAGAUUUUAUAGAAAGCCUUUAUGUUGACGACACCAAUGCCUCAUCAGAUAUUUCUUUGGAGCCCCCAGAGAAAACAGCCAUUGUACAUCUGUUUUGUGAUGGGCCAGCACAAAUCACCCCAAGCUAUUUGGAUGUUUUGUCUUUUCUUAGCAAGGAAUCAGAAGCUUCCCCUGGUAGAUCCGAACCACUGUCCUCAAUGAGAAAAGAGCAAAUAAACAGCCUUGAAAAGUCAUACAAAGUAGUCCAGAACCAACUCGAUGUGAGCGCAAACAGAGAUGCUGACGCUCCAAGCCAAUCUAAAUUCCUUUCCCAUCUGAGAUUCUCCCCUGCCUCCUCACCAUCCAGCCCAGCAGAGAGGAGUUUACCAAAGGCAAGACGUGUUUCACACACUAGCAGCAGUAAAGUCGUAAGUUCCUCCCAUUCUCAAGCAGAGCAGGCCAAGUUAAAGGCUGGGAACCUAAAGCCUAGCUCAGACUUUCUCAAGCAGUUCAAGUUCAGCCCAGUACAAACACCGGUGUCUACAAAGUUGUCUGCUCUUCCUUUUUAUCUUCGAUGUGGCAAGAAACAUCCAGUUUUCUCCAGACUCUCCUAA